AUGGGCUCCGUCAACAACUCGGUGGAGAACCAUGGCAACAAUUCAGGAUUCUGGGUGGGCAUAAAUCAUGGCCACAUUCAUCUCGCCUCAGAGAAGCUUCCAGUUGCAGCAGACGCGGCCUUCAACGCGCAUGGAAACGAUCAUCUAGGCUGUCUUCCAGGGACAAGGACGGAAAUUCUGGACGCGAUAAACAAGUGGGCGAAAUCGACUUCCCGAGAGUCCAUAUUCUGUUGGGUGACUGGGGGCGCGGGGACCGGCAAGUCGUCCAUUGCCUCCGAAGCUGCGAGGACACUUGAUAAGGAGGGGCUACUCGGCGCGAGUUUCUUCUUCAAGCGAGUCUCGGAGCUCAAGCCACUUCUUGCAAACGCGAUUGAAGAAAACCCGGAUAUUGCGGAGAGGUCCUUGAAAGAACAAUGGGAAAGGCUGUGUCUCCGGCCAUUGUUGGCACUAGAACACGAUCGCACCAUCGCCAGGGUUGUCGUGAUCGAUGCUUUGGAUGAGUGCGACUCGGAAAUACACAGAGACGAUUUGACAACUAUACUGCAGCUGUUGCCACAGGUCCAGCAGGCGAAGUCGCUGCUGCUACGAUUUGUCCUGACGGGUCGACCAGAACGUUCAAUCGGACUCGCCCUUGGCAAAACGGAGCCUUAUCUCUACCGUGUAAAUCUCAACAAUGUUCACCAGCAAGCGAUCGAUCGGGACAUCUUUACUUUCUUGGAGCAUCGCCUUUCGGAGAUUCGGGCCCAGCAUCAACUAGACAAUGGCUGGCCGGGCAACGAAGCUCUAAACUGGCUUCUGGACCGAGCCAGGCCACUGUUCAUUGCUGCCGUCACCCUGUGUCGUUUUAUUGGAGAUACUAAUUGGGACCCGGAAGAACGCCUCGAGGCGGUUCUUGAGGACCAGACUCACUAUGUAUCGAAACUGGAUGAGGUCUAUUUACCAGUCCUCAGACAGAUUACCUGA